ACAGAUGCAUCUAGCUAGUCACCGCAACCUUGUGUUGUUUAGGGGCGUGGUGGAGCACGUGACAAAGUGACUGGUGAGUUUGUAGCCUCUCAUGCUAACAGCUAACGCGUGUGUACCGCUCGUUUCGUACCAGUGUCACAAUGGCGAAGAAAACGCAAGAAAAUGGAGAACAAGAGCGUGCUAUGUUCGUUUGCGUCGCACCCGGAUGCACGAAUAACAGUGUCAAUACGAGAAACAUAGGAUUUCACAGUUUUCCAGAAGCACAGAGUGCAGUGGAGCGUUGGCUAGCUGCUUUAGGAAAAGUGACACCUCCAUCUAGUUCUAUGGAAACUGUAUGUAGCAAACACUUUUGGAGGAAGGACUUCUUGGAUGAUCAGCGUUCUAUCAUUAGAAACUUAAAAACCCGCACUCUCAAACCUGAAGCGGUGCCUUCUAUAUUUGCUUUUCUCCAGACAAACACCCUGGAACAAGAAAAGAAAGAAAGCCCAGAAGAGGAGGAUGAGGAUGAUGUUUGCACAGAUGCCACGUUGACAGAAGCAGCAAAACCAUACAGACCACGUGUUGAUAAAGCACUUGGACAGUUUACUCAAAUGUUCAUGAAAGCCUUAAACUCUACCUCCAAUGGAAUUUUGGACAUCAAAGACGCUGCUAGAAUUGUAGGGACCUCAAAACGGAGAAUUUAUGACAUUACUAAUGUCUUAGAGGGGAUCUCUCUUAUCAAAAAGCCAUCCAAAAACUUGGUUAUGUGGGUGGGUUGGCCAAUGGAAUUAAAGGAUGAUGUGCUGAGUAGUCUGGUUUCUGAAGAGAAAAGGCUAGAUGAUUUGAUCAGAAACGCUAAAAAACAAAUUGAAGAAAUGUAUGAAAAUCUUCUAAAUAAUAGACUUGCUUAUGUGACCUACGAGGAUAUACAGAGCUUACCCAUCUUUGAGGACCAGGCUGUGUUUGUGGUCAGAGGUCCCCCAGAAACAAAGCUGGAGGUGGCCCACCCUAAAGAGGCUUUUCAGAUUCACAUAAACAGUGAAACGGGACCAGUGGAAGUCCUAGUAUGCACUGAUAACUUGGACAUUUCAAACCAGAGCCAAAGACCAAAGUUUGAUGACGGGGACUACUCCUAUGUUCCAUUGCGAGGCAUAUCUACUACAGCUGUUUCAUGCAAAGAUAAUGCUAAUGACAACAAAACCAAGAACAAUACCACCUCAAAUUCCUCAACUGAACUUUCACAGCAGUUAUCGCAACCUCUCAACUCACCCCCCAAAUCCACUUGUGUUCUUCCACUCCUUGAAGACCAGUUGAACUCUUCUCCCCCCAGCCCCCCUGUAGUCCUCUCUAUAAAGGAAGAAUUGAUUGAUAUGAAUAUAAUGCCAGACAAGCACAUGAAUUUCCCUGUACAUGAGCCUGACCAGUUGGCAACAGAUGUCCAAAUGACUGAUUUAUCAUAGUGUUGUUAUAAAGUCAUGUAGUGGUCCAAAUUUGUGAAGUGGUGGACAGUAUUGCUGUGGCUGUUUUUACAUUCUGGACUCAAACCCUAGAAAAUGUGAGGUUUAUUCAUUGGGCAGGUUUUAAAUGAUUCUAAAACUAGCCUUGUUAAAAUAAGGUUUUUCCAAGUUACUUCAGUUUGUGCAAAUGCAAAGAAAUACAAUUCCUACUUUGAUAAUGUACUUUUUCAUAAUGUUCUUGAGACAGAGGAAGGACAAAUUGCAGAGUUAUGGUGUGUACAAUCUUUUAGACUUUCUUUCUGUCAUUACCAUUAAACGGUACCAUUAAAAUACUUUUUAUACUGUA